AAGAUAUAUAGAUAGAUACAUCAAAAUAAAAAUAAUUAUUUAAUUAGCCCAAAACGAAAUAAUGUUAUAAUUGGAAUCAUUGAAUUGAAUUUCUGCAAACUUGCAUCCUUCUCAGAAGAGAUUAAAAGGUCGUUGUUGCCCCCGAUCUCGUCCGAGAUCGACUCGUGACGAAUUCACUUACCGAUUGUUUCUCCGUCGCCUUCUCUUCUUCUCCCGGCGAAGAUGAACGGCGGUCCCUCCGGUUUCCAUAAUGCUCCGGUAACGAAAGCCUUCGUCAUCACGAGCGCUCUGUUCACCGUGCUCUUCGGGAUCCAGGGCCGUUCCUCCAAGCUCGGUUUGUCUUACCAGGAUAUCUUUGAGAAGUUUCGGAUAUGGAAGCUAAUCACGUCGAGUUUUGUCUUCUCCUCCACACCUGAAUUGAUGUUCGGGUUGUAUUUGCUAUACUACUUUCGAGUUUUUGAGAGACAGAUUGGCUCAAAUAAGUACUCGGUGUUUAUCUUGUUCUCAGGGACUUUAUCUCUUCUACUAGAGGUCACUUUGUUAUCACUGCUUAAAGAUACCACAGAAAAUUUACUGACCUCUGGACCAUACGGCCUGAUAUUUGCUUCGUUUAUACCCUUCUACUUGGACAUCCCAGUUUCAACAAGGUUUCGUGUAUUUGGUGUCAACUUCUCCGAUAAGUCAUUUAUAUAUCUUGCAGGACUCCAGCUUCUUCUAUCUUCUUGGAAAAGAUCCAUCAUUCCUGGAGUUUGCGGCAUAAUUGCUGGUUCAUUGUAUCGUUUGAACAUCCUCGGCAUCCGAAAGGCCAAGUUCCCCGAGUUUGUUGCUUCGUUCUUUUCCCGGCUUUCUUUGCCGUCCUUCAGUAGCUCUUCUCCUCCAACACCAAGCAGGAACAUCGUUGGGACUAUAUCACCAAACACAGUUCGCCGAGCAGAGAGAUCUCAGCCAGCACCGAUGGCGUCAAGUGUGGAGCCAUCGGAAGAAGCCAUAGCUACAUUGGUAUCAAUGGGUUUUGACAGAAACGCAGCAAGACAGGCCCUCGUGCACGCCAGAAAUGAUGUCAACGCCGCCACAAACAUCCUUCUUGAAGCACAAUCUCAUUAAUUCAAAAGGAGUCUUUCUCUGAAUGGGAAGGGGAGUUCCUUUAUUGCUCUUGGACCAACCUUGGAGGCUUGGAGCCAACAUGUCUCACUGUAUAUGAUCAGACUAAAGACCUUAGCAACUUUCUCCCUUUCCAUUUUUAGUUUAGAAUGAGUUGCAUAGGCUUAUGUAGCACAGAUUUGCGGGUUAAGAGAAACACUUCAAGAAGUUUGAUCUAUUUGAAACAUCGAAAACAUUACAAAUCUUAUUACAUCUGUUAU